AUGACGCCUCGUCGCUCCUCUCGUGCCCGCAACUCCCAACCGUUACCAGCUAUCCUCCAGCAUACGAACUCCUCCAGUUCCUCCAAUUCAAUGACUCGAGAAAGAAGUACCCGGUCGAACCACAAGAUCUCCUCCCCUCAACGAUCCUCCACCAAUCGGUCCCAGUCUAUCGACGAUGCCGACACAGCCUCGAAAAAUGAGUUUCGAGAGACACGGCAGCGCCAGCGUGCUCGAGGGGAGGAGGAUAACGACCAUCAUCUUAGGCUAGGUGAGGGCGAUGACGAAGACGGAGAAGAAGAGGAAGACGAGGAGGAGGAGAUCACCCGGUGUCUCUGUGGACAGCAGGAAUACCCGGGUCUGCCUCCCUCACGUCGUGACUUAGGCGGUCGCAAUGGUUUUCGUACCGGUAUCAAGGAUGAGACUUUUAAUCUCUCCGCAGACGCAGCAGACCUGAUGUCAGACGAGAUUGGGAGCAUGUUUAUCCAAUGUGAUUCGUGCAAAGUCUGGCAGCAUGGUGGCUGUGUUGGCAUUAUGGACGAGGCUAUGAGCCCCGACGAGUACUUUUGCGAAGAGUGUCGCAAGGACCUCCAUAAGAUCACCAGCGAAACAAACGGACAAUACUCGUCCCAAUACCUUCCUGUCGCUCCUCCACCGUCCAGUGCACCAUCCUCGCGAGAGUCGUCGCGGGAAACUUCCAGACGUGCAAAGGAUCCCAAAUCACGACAGAAUGACUCUGUCAAUCCCAAGCGCCGGUCAACGAUGAAUAGCCGCGAUGCGGCUUAUGACGAAGAAGAACAACUUCGGCGGGCCAUCGAAGAGAGCAAAGAAGAGACUAAGCCAGCGGCGGAUGAUAUUGUGGCCCGCAGGCCUAAGAGAAGUCGAAGCGAUAGUGAAGCACAUAAACAAGCAACCAAGCGACAGCGCACGAGCUCUCCCUCUCCAGGUGCCGUUUCGAAGAGCAACCCUGCAUCCCAGCCUGUCUCAGAAGAUGAGUCGAAAACAAAGCCAGCCACCAACGGGGUUAGACGACAGCGAGCUGCUUCGCGCGGUCAGCGUGAUAAGGAAACAAAGGAUCCGGAAGAACCCGAGGUUGAGUUACCGGAGGCUGCAAAUCGUAGGAAGGGAAGAUCUGAAAGGCAGAAAGGUGAUGACGCCGAGUCCGAUCAUGAAGCAGGAUCUCCUAUCAAACCCUCUGCGAACGAACCUGAACCGAAGCAACCGAGUCCUGAGGAAACACCUGCCCCUGCCCAAGAGCCGGCGCCUUUGCGGCCGUCCACUCGCAAAUCGGGCCGUCCGCCCGCUCGUCGUGGCGGUCGCAUCGGGCGAAAUCAGUACACUCGAGACCGGGACGCUAAUGGCACCGACUCCACUACGAGAUCUCCCCGGCGUGGGCAAUCGCAUGAGAUUUGUGGGGAUUCACCUCGAGUGGGUGUUAAUGGGACACACAUCAACAGCACCGAGUCGGGCAAGCCUAGUCGACCCCGCUAUGUGAACCAGAGAACCACUAUGAAUGAGAUGAAGCGACGAGUGACCGCGAUAUUGGAGUUUAUUUCACGCAUGCAGGUUGAGAUGGCUGUGGCGGGGGAGAGCACCACUCCUCCCAGCAAUGGUGACCGGGCGAACGGUAUCCCAGCUAGGUUCAUGAGCGAGCAUCCCCUCCUCUCCGCUGCCAUUGAAAGCGCGGGCCUGGAGAGUGCUUCUGCCGGGCAAGUGGCUGCGGAGAAAGACUUCAAAGACCUUAGCAGUGUGGAGAUGAUGGAUGUGUUGACCCGUCAUCUCCUCAAGUGGCAACAGGAGUACGGCAAGUUCGGUGAAAGAUAA